AUGGCAGAAUACAGUGCCAAAACCGCGUCACUAGAGGCUAAAGACAGGAACGGAGACUACUUCGAAGAAGCAGAUCCAGACUCAGGAUUAAGCGAUGCUGAGAGGAAAGCUAUUGAUAAAAAACUCGUUCGGAAGUUGGACAUGAGGCUUAUUCCCUGGUUAUGUCUUCUGUACCUGGCAUCAUUUUUGGACCGAACCAAUAUUGGCAACGCCAAAAUCGAAGGACUUGUCGACGAUCUUGGAAUGACGAGCGGGCAGUAUAAUGCCUGUCUUACCAUUUUUUUUGUGUCGUACGCUCUCUUCGAACCAAUCUCGAAUAUCUUGUUGAAGCGAAUGAGGCCGAGAAUCUAUAUCCCAUUGAUUAUGGUGCUCUGGGGGAUUUGUAUGACUUUCAUGGGGUUUUGUCGUAAUUUUUCGGAGAUGAUGGCUGCUAGAUGGUUUAUUCCCCGAUACGAGAACUCAGGAGUUAACUACUACCUAUCCUGCUGGUAUAAACGCCGAGAAUUUGGUAUCCGUGCCGCAAUCUUCUUCUCUGCUGCUGCCGUCUCCGGAUCCUUCGGCGGUCUCCUCGCAGCCGCUAUAUCUAAAAUGGACGGAGUAGGCGGUAAGCGCGGUUGGGCCUGGAUCUUCAUCCUCGAAGGCCUCGCAACAGCCCUCAUAGGGAUAAUUUCCUUCUGGGUAGUAGUGGAUUUCCCGGACGACGCCAAAUUUCUCUCUCCCGAAGACCGCGCGAGGGUCCUCCGCCGUCUCCGUGACGAUCAACAAUCCUCAGCAGAACACGAAGAUUUCAAAACGCUCUACCUCUGGCAAUCCCUCAAAGAUUGGAAAACCUACACGGGGAUGCUGAUAUACAUGGGCGUCGAUGGAGCCCUCUACGCAUUCAGUCUUUUCUUGCCUUCCAUUAUCAAAGAGAUGGGGUACUCGGCCACGCGUGCGCAGCUGCUCAGCGUGCCGCCGUAUGCUGCCGCUUGCAUUUUGACUAUUCUGGUUGGUUGGCGGGCUGAUAGGAAUAACCGUCGUGGGGUGUUUAAUAUCGCUACUUCACUGCUGGGUGUUGCGGGGUUCAGCAUUCUCCUGGGGUCGAAUUCCGCCGCGCUGAGUUACGUCGCUGUUUUCUUGGGUGCCCUCGGGAUUUACCCCUGUAUUCCGAAUACAAUUACCUGGGUGUCGAAUAACGUCGAAGGGGUGUAUAAACGUGGGGUUACGCUGGGUUUCGUGAUUGGCUGGGGAAAUUUGAAUGGGGUUAUGAGUAGUAAUGUUUAUAGACAGGUUGACGCACCGCGUUACAGGCUCGGUCAUGGGAUAGUGUUGGGCUAUCUUGCGAUUGGGUUGCUAGGUGGGAGCGUGCUGAACUGGGUGCUUCUGAGGAGGGAGAAUGAGAGGCGGAGGAACGGGGAGAGGGAUGCUUGGGUACAAGGCCUUAAUAGGAAGGAGGUAGAGUAUCUAGGGGAUCAGAGACCAGACUUUUUGUAUACACUGUAG